CUAUGGUUACACCCUCUUGUUCUAUUAGUAUUACCGCUAGCUUUUCACAACCCACUUCAGAUUUGUAUAUAAGGAUUUCACGCUUAUCUAUUUCAAUUGGAGCUGCUGUUUCGAGGAACUAAUAUUGACUUAUUGGAUCGAGCAUUUUUCGCCUGGAGACAGAUUUUGACAAAUGCUUCUGGGAUAUUUGUAUGUUAAAGAGAAAUCUCCAAUUUGUGGAUUGUGUUACUAAAGGAAUGUGGAUUAUCAUAAUAACUGUGCACAAACUAUAAGGUUUGUACGAGGAUAAACCAUGCUGUGGACAAAACAAGUGCUCUUGAAUUGACACCCAUCAACAAUAUUGAAGGACACUUGGAGGCCUAUCUGAGAUGAUCCUCUCCAGGUUGCCACACUGGUGAUGAAGGUAACCAUGGCAACUACCUGGACAUCAACCCUACAUCCUACCGAGGCUAUACUUAACAACUACCUCACCAACAACAACAACACAGCACUGCCGUUAAACACAGAAACAGACUACAACAACAAUGAUGUUGUAUCCGAUGGUGGCCUCAGCUGGCCUGUAUUGCUUCUGAUACCUAUCAUCCUUUGCACCAUCAUUGGAAACCUCCUGGUGUGCUUGGCCAUUAGCAGGGAUCGCAGGCUACACAACCUGACCAAUCUUUUCCUCUUCUCCAUGGCCAUUGCCGACCUCUUGGUGGCGCUGCUCGUCAUGCCAUUUGGACUUACAAAAGACCUACUAGGACACUGGUCAAUGGGCCUUAGUAUGUGCGAUAUCUGGACCACCAUGGACGUCUUCUGCUGCACAUCGUCCAUACUGCACAUGUGUACCAUCAGUAUCGACCGCUACCUGGCGAUCAGCGACCCACUGCGCAACAAACGCCAACCAAGAACAAGACGUGGUAUCAUCAUCAAGAUCUGCAUCGUCUGGGCCUGUGCAGCGGGACUGUCCAGUCCUCUUUGCAUCAUGGGCUUCUUGCAACCUGCAACGGUCCUCAACAAUGGCCAAUGUGCAGUAACCAACAUCCACUUUAUGAUCUAUGGAUCGGUCGUAGCAUUCUUCAUCCCACUGUGCAUCGUCAUCAUCACGUACUGCCUAACAACUUAUACUCUUUACAAGAAGAUGAAACUCUGCAAGGAGGGAGAGACUAGCGACAUGAUCCACAACAAAGACAAACAGAAGACCUAUCCAAGGUUCGUUCUGCAGAUGGCAAAGAGGAAUGGCUUUGAGCCUGUCAAAGACACCAAGUGCGAUACCUCAAGCAUUGAAAGCUUGCCAACCCCAAAAGAGUGCCGACUGUCUCAAUCAUCUCUCUCAUCAAUCAAUAGCGACAACAGUGGUCUUAAGCCAAAUGCAACUCAUCUCAGCCUUAGACGAACUAUGUCGCACCAAGGCCGGAGUGGUAUGAAACGGCUCAGCACUGAGCAACGAGCCAGCAAGGUACUCGGACUGGUCUUUACUACCUUUGUGGUGGGUUGGACGCCGUUCUUUGUGGCAAAUAUCAUCGGCGCGCUCUGUCCCAGUUGUGCCCUUGAUGCAACCGUGUUUACAAUCUGCACAUGGAUUGGCUGGGGGUCCAGCAUGGUGAAUCCAUUCAUCUAUACAGCCUUCAACGUCCGAUUCAGACAAGCUUUCAUCGGGCUCUUAUCAUGCAAUAGGUAUUACACCCUCCCAAAGAGAAAUCCCUUUAAAAUCUCUGAGAGGGGUAGAGAAAGGGGUCCAGACAGGAGCAUCCCUAUGCGGCGUAAGUUUGUUGCCUACGAUGGCAGCAUGAAUCGCAAUGGUAACACUCUUUGGUCAUUGCCAGAGGCAUCCCAGUGAUAUGACGAUAAUCUUUGUAAACAUAUCAUAUCAUAUCUAUGCUUUUCUGACUAGUGCUAAAAAGUUUGACACUGAAAUAUUAGGUAUUUUUGCUAGAAAAAAAAGGGUGGAAAUGGGAUACAUGGUCGUUAAACAGAACCCCUAUAGUUUUAAGAUGCUCUUGUUCAUGUAGAUAUCAAUAGAAAGAAUACGAUAUGGUGUGAAAAGAAAUAUUUAUUGCUACAACUCCUUGUGCUUCAUGAAACAAAUUAUCAUCUAGACACUGCAGCAUACGUGUAAUAAUUAAGUAUGUGAGAUGUAUAGUAUGUAAUAGCUGACUAAAAAGGGAACUGAGGUGACGACGGAUAAAAAGAUACUGUUUAACUCCUGAAAAUCCACAUGUUGGACUAUUGGUCCACUAAAAGUUAUGGGAAGCUGGGUGAUAAAUCGGUGAUGAUCAAUCGGUGGUAAUUAAUGGUAUGAAGCUCCUAAAACAUUACCCCUCUAGCCCAGAUGGUACCUGUAUCUAUUUGUUAACCUAUUCUGUACUGCACUGCAAAAAGAAAAGAAUUCAUUAUUCUUAUUGAUAUUUCUUUUCUCUUACUAAACGAUGAUAAUUUGUCAUAAAAACUUAGAUUUAUUCCUGACAUUUUACCACAUAAAAGACUUUCACUUUCAAGUGAUUCAAUUAAACUGUCUUUAGGACAAUACAGUUUUGUACCCACGUGUAUGGAAAAGGGUAAAAAUAGAUAUUCUUUCCCGUAUUAACACAUUGACUACUGAAUUCUCAUAUUCCCUAAGAACCACUCUGUCCCAGUAUGCAAUGGGUUAAAUGUAAAGACCAGUUCUGGUCAUGCAAUUGCAUUGUGAAAGAAACGUUAUGGAAUUGAUCAGAAAAGGUCGAUCAU